AUGAGUGUUAAUCCUUCGGAAGAUGAAGUUUUAUUUGAUCUUGGUGCUAUAUUUCAAAUACAAAAUGUUCAAUAUAAAGAUGAUAAAUAUAUUGUAUCAAUGAUUGGUAUUGAUAAUAAUAUUGAGUAUCUAAAAAGUGAUUAUUUUCAAAUAGAAAGAGAAUAUUUACAAGAUAAUUUAAUUGAUAACAUUCUUUCGAAUAUAAAUGCUUAUUCAUUUUUUGGUAAAUUUUUAUUAACGAUUGGUUCAAAUAAAAAAGCGAUUGAAUAUUUUGAAGAACUAUAUAGAAAUAGUCUUUCUAAUUAUGAUAAUAAACAAUUAAAUGAAUAUGAAACUUAUAUUAUUACUGGAAAUUUAGCGGAUGCUUAUGCCCAAAAUGGUCAACAUGACUUAGCAUUAAAAUAUGCUCUUGAAUCUUAUAAAAUACAUAAAAACUUUAUCAAUAAUUAUUCAGUGUCAAUAGCAGUUAGUUUAUUAAGAUUGAGUUUAAUUUGUCUAGCCAAGAAAGAAACUGAAUUAGCAUUUAAUUAUAUUCAAGAAGCAUUGCAAAAUCUACCAACAGAUUCUAAUGCUCAACUACUUGGUCCAAUUCAUUUAUGCCUUGGUAAAUGUUAUUUAAAACAAGGCAAUUAUUCUGAAGCUUUAAAUCAUUGUCGAAAAUCGUUAGAAAAUUUUACAGAAACAAAGAAUAGUAUCGCACUUAGUGAAACGCAUUGUACACUUGCUAAAAUCUAUAAAAAGCAAUCACAUACGAAUAUGUCUAUUGAACAUUAUGAGCAAUCUUUAUUAUUUCAAAAGAAUAUUUAUUCCAAUUCUCAUCCAUUGCGUUUGCGAAUAUGUGAUAAUCUUGCUGAAAUGUAUUACUCAAUUGAAAAAUAUGAUUUAUCAAUUUAUUAUUGUUUAGAAAUCUUGAAUAAUCAAAAGGUUAACAAUGACAAUGCAGAUAUCGAUAUGGUAUACAAUCGUACCGCAUUGUGCUAUCUUAAAUUAAAACAAUAUAAUUUAGCUAUUCAAAAUGCUAAUCUAUCAUUAGCAAUUAGUGAAAAAUCAUUAGAUGUCAAGAGAAUUGAAUUGUCAUAUUUACUGAUGGGCGACAUUUUUUAUCAAGAACAAAACUAUAGCUUGGCUGCAGAAUAUUAUGAAAAAUUAGUUAGAAAAUCCGUAGAAUAUAAUAAUUAUGAAAUUAUGAAAAAUGCACGUUCGCAAUAUAUAUCGACUAUGACGCAACUAAUUGUUGAACAAUACGAUAAGAAUGUUGAACACAAUAUGAAAAUUUUAUCGGAAUUUUCUGAUAAAUAUUUAUACAAUGGGACUUAUUUUAAUUUUAAUGAUUUCCAUCAAAUUAUAAUCUUGAUCUUAUUGAUAUAUACAAAAGCAAAACAACUUUCUUUAUGUGUUGAACAAUUUCGACGAAUGUUAACUGACAUUGAAAACAUACCGGAUAGUAAUGAUAAAUAUCGAGUUCUAUUUUUUCUAAAUACACGAAUAGGAGGACUUUAUGAAAGAACUCAAAAUUAUCACUUAGCUAUCAGCCAAUACGAAAAAACUUUAUAUAAAAUAAAAAAUCUUGACAAUCAGUUUUUAACAAGUCAUAUCAUUGAAAUAGCGUUGGGAUGUUAUGAAGACAUUGGCCAAUUAUACUACAAAUUAAAUGAAUACAAUUUAGCCAUGGAAAAUCAAUUUGAAGGAUUGAAGUUAAUUGAAAAAUCGAAUAAUAAUGAAUAUCAACAAGAAAUAUUUGAUUUUAAUUAUACAAUUGCAAAUUGUUUUGUUGCUUUAGACGAUUAUGAUUUAGCUCUUAUUCAUUAUAUAAAAUGUGUUGAAAUAGAGAAAACAGCAAACAUCAAUGUUAUGGAAUCUGACGAAAGUAUUUACAUGUACGAACAUGCUGGAAAUUUUUAUUUUAAAAAUAAACAGUAUGAUUUAGCCAUGGAUUGUUAUCAAAAAGGUUUAGCUAUAUUACAAACAGAUCCGGAUGAAGAUGUAUCAAUAAAUAUUGUUGAAUUCAAUUAUAAAAUUGGUUGUUGCUAUAACAUGCAACAAAAUAUGGAGUUAUUUAUAGAACAUUUUCAAAUAGCUUUAAAAAUCCAAGAAGAAACUAGUCACUCCAACCAUAAUAAAGUACAAGCAAUGGAUAUGAAUUUUCAAUUAGGAUGGUUUUAUCAAAAAAAUCAAAGCUAUGAUUUAGCUCUUGGUUAUUUUCAAAAAAUGUUGACUAUUCAACAAGCUUUAAAUAUUGAUGAUAAAUCAUAUAUUGCCGAUUCAUAUGUUCGCAUCGGUAAAUGUUAUGAACAAAAAUCAAUGUCUCAUUUGUCUCUGAAGUUCUAUGAAAACGCUUUAGAAUUAUAUAACAAAAUUAUUGAGCCCAACACUGACGAAGAAAAAAAGAUAGCUGAUAUACAUUGGAGAAUUGGUAAAAUCUAUAAAAGUCAACAAGAUUGGAAUUCAUCUAUAGAACAUUAUCAAAGUAGUUUGAAAUUCCUAGAUUGUUUGAGUACAAAAUUAGUCUUCGAUCUGUAUUCUGAACUUGGCUUUUGUUAUCAAGAAAUAUCUCAUGGCGAAACUAUGGCUAUUAGUUUUUAUAAAAAAGCAAUAGAUAUUAAUCCAUAUAAUAAUUCGAAAAUAAUUGAAUUCUAUUAUCAACUUGGUGUUUGCUAUCAAAAACUAGAAGAUUUUUCUAGUGCUAUUGAAUAUUUUCAAAUUAUACAAGAGCAAUUAGAUAAACAAGAAGAUUUUGUUAAACUAGCUGAUGUACAUGCUCAAAUUGGCUUUUGUUUUUGUAGUAUACAAGAUUGGAAUUCAUCGGUUGAUCAUUGUUUAAUUGCAUUUGGAAUAUAUCGAAGUAUAGAAAUCGAAAAUAUUUCUCUUAUUUAUCGUUUAUGUAUAACCAUGGCUCAUUGUUAUGGCCAAAAAGAAAUGUAUGAAUCAGCUAUGGAAUAUUUUGAACAAGCAUUAAAAAUUCAAGAAGACCAAAAUAAUCAUAUUGACGAUAGAAAAUCGGAAAUGAUUCAUUUAAACAAUCAAUUAGGAUUUUGUUAUUUGAUGUCAGAACAAUACGAUAUGGCUUAUUACUAUUAUGAUAGAUCUAUUGAAACAGCUAAAAAUUCAUCAUUUUACACGAAACAUUCUUCAAUGUCUGAUAACUAUGAAAUGCUUGGAUAUAUUUAUAUAUAUUAUGGAGAAAAAAUUCUUGCUAAGAAUUGUUUUAACAAAGUCAUUAAGUUAUUAAAUUUAUCAGAAUCAAUUAACUUAGUUGAACUAAGACGCAUCCGAAAUAUACUAAAACAUUUCCAAAAUUAUAACUGA